CAGUAGUGAUGAAUUGAUUGGGUGACGAAAAAGCGAUUUUUGAAAGCCGAACUGUUUUAUCCUGUGAAAAGUUCCGCAUUUGGACCACUUUGGAAGCAAACAAUAGUUAUUGUUCGGCGAAACGUUCAGUCAGUGCGAGGUCGCCGAAAUGAUAAACCUAAAAGUGAAAACUCUUGAUUCCCAAAAUCAUGACUUCAGUGUGGAAAAUGAUAUUACCGUUCGAGAGUUCAAAGAGCUUAUCGCCGAAAAGAUAAACGUUGCUGUGGAUAGACAGCGCUUGAUCUACUGCGGUCGGGUGCUGAGCGAUGAAAAACCAUUAAAGGAUUAUGACGUCAACGGAAAAGUUGUUCAUCUUGUACAGCGGGCUCCACCUUCCGCCCGGGGCAACAGCUCCGGAGGCGGUACUUCUACUCUGAAUGAUGAAGGAGCAAGAGCAAGGCGUUCACGAAGCAGUGACAACGCCGCUCGAUCCCAAAUGUUUCGGGGUUUAGAAGAUUUCAACACCAUGUAUUUCGGGUCGAUGACUUCGAUCCCACUCAACGUUAAUGCGACGCAGAGUCCUCCGCAAAUACCGACCGUUAGCCCAUCUUCUACUCUCUGUAUGAAUCGAAUAACCGUCGCUCGUCAUAUGCUGCAAUGUGUUGAUAACAUCAUCAGUUAUCUUGAAACACCAGAGAGAGGUCUGAACAAUACCGCCAUGGAUAUACUUUCUCAGCAAACGAUGGAAUCUACGGUUUUUGAAGUCGGUAUCAGUGCCGUCGGAGAUGUGGAUAUUCCACACAAUCAGAUGCAAAACUUUGUGCAGGCUUUCCAGGGAGCUGUAUCUGCAGCAUUCCGUCAGAAUGGAAUGUCCAAUGUUACUGUCCAGCAACAGGACCCAUUAAAUCCAUCAGUUCAAGUGUUUGGAACUAUUCCGGAUUCAGCAAUCAUUACUCCGCCAAACACUAGUGCUACAGCCACACCCGCUCAGGAAAGUUCUGGCGCGUCAUCUGGUAGUUCUUCUACAUCUUCAAGCACCUCGGAAUCUAGUGCAGAUUCCAGACGCCAAGCUAGGCCAGAAUCGUCACGUAAUAAUCAGACUACUAGUACGCAGACUUUGGCCGAAGUAGUUCAACAAAUGCGUAGCGUUCAACGCAGAAUGGAACCGUUUCUUCAACAAUACUAUGAAAUUUUGCAAAAUGACCCAUCGUACGAGGAAGGAGAUUCAGAAGCACGCGAAAAUUCACAGCGCGUUUUUGACCGUAUUUCGGAAGCUUUACACUAUAUGUCCCAUGCCCAACACGCUGUCAGCGAUCUGAUGUUGGAUUUACAAACUUCAACGCCUCGUCAUCUGUGCUGUCGACCGAUUCUGGUUGAGCAGUCUGCUUUCGUAAGUUCCGGAAUCGCUGCCGUUCCUAAUAAUUUAGCCAACCUUUUGAGAGCGACCAAUAAUAACAACAACAAUACGGAAAUGGGAAACAACAAUAUAAACGCACAGAUUAUAAAUCUUUCAAUACCUGGAAUGCCAACUCAACCUCCUACUGCUGGUUCCAGCCCAAUGCAACCGCCGAAUCCAAUUGGUACACAAAACAGACAAACCGGAGCUUCGGGCCCAACAACUGGAACAACAGGAACCGCAGCAGCAGCAGCAGCAACUGGUGCGACCGCUACCCAAAAUCAAACACAACAGCAACAAGCCAACAAUGCACAGCUUCAGGUGGCCCGCUUGAUUCAGGCUGUUGUGAACGCUACCCCCAUCCAUGCCGAUAUCCAUGUACAGAUAAAUGCCGGAGGAAAUCCGCCAGGAUCUGCUACUCAGAGUACAACUACUACAAGCAACGUUACAACUACAACCACCACCAGUAGCAAUCUUGGACCUCAGUCAACUCCGGCAGUUUCCAAUAGUACCACAUCCACGAGCAUCAAUCGAGGCAGUAACGACAGUGGAUCGCAAUCUCGUUUCGUAACUGUUACUCUUCCAACAACUUCUACACAGACACGAUCCACUUCUAGGCCGCACAUUCCACGUAUACCGCCAACACACAUUCGCAAUGUGCGCCCUAUCCCAGCCAAUAUGCUGUCCUCUUUCGAUAGGUUCCUACCAUGCAAUAGCCACCACAUACGAGAGAAUUCAGACCGUGUUACAUCGGAAGCUUCAACCGUAAGGAAUACGGCGGCUAAUAGCAACAACAACAGUAGUAGAACCACGCCAACGACUAUAGCUAGUCAACCCAGUGCACCUCCAUCGGAAACACUCUCAGGACUGCCGUUCAACCUGUUUGGUAGUCAGUUUACAUUAGCAGAUUUUGAACAAAUUGCUCCCAAUCCCAAUACCCUGAACCGCGUCCGGGAUACUCUUCAGGCGUACGUCAUUGAAACAUUGUUCAACGGGCAAGUGAUUAACGAAACUACCAUGCAAGAUGCCAUUGAUCUACUGAUUCGUCGUCUUGAACCAAUUUUGUCGCGCGUUGCAAACUACGAUCUACCGGACUAUGACACGCGUGCUUCAAUCGAAAACCUAAUACGCAGCUCGGUUCCAUUCUGCAUUAAUUUGAUACGGGAAGACAGUUCGCAACAAUUUGGAGUUCGCCUGUUACGCUUUCUGAUCACCUUCGUUCGUCGAUUUUUCAUGAUAUUGGUCACCUGCAUUGGACAGGCAAACGCCCAAUCAUUUUCUGGCGAACUACUGAAUUUGGCGAUUUUUAGCACCCAAGAUGUACCCACCGUUAGUCCGGAACUUUUGCAACUAUUCCUACCAGCCAUACAACGUCAGCUGGAACGCUCCAGUCACCACGAUCAACAAGACAUCCAGGAAUUUUUGGUAAUUAGAGGGCAUGCUCCCGAAAGCAGCCACCAUCGAGUUCCUAGUCCUAUGGAAGUAGAUGAUUUGGAAUCCACGACCACGCCGGAACUUGUUUCAGAUAUCGCGGAAAUUUCAAUUUCUAUUGAACCACCGAUCGUCAAUAUCGAUCAAUGUGCUGCAAUUGUAAUUUCCGCUGCACCAGUUCAAUCGACCGGUUCAUCGACAUCAGAAGCAUCCGCUGCUGUUCCUCCUACCACAGCCGCAUCCGUGGAUAACAGCGAUGAUGUGACGAUGACAACGCCCUCAGCAGUUCCGGAACCGCCUGUGCCGCCUCCACUUGCACGCAAAGAUGAUGAGGAAGCACUGCCUUCCGUAGUCGUUGGUUCUGAGCCGUGGCAUACACAUCUUCCAUCCACCUGGUUGCCAGUGAUUUCACGAGACAUUACACGCCAACGGAGACAGAUCCCGCAAGGUCCCUACUCCGAUGCUUAUAUAUCCGGCAUGUCAUCGAAACGCCGCAAAUUAAUUGCGGAAACGAAACCUCCUUCCGAAAUCCCUUCUCUGAUAUCAACCGGUGUGCGGCAAGCUUUCCAUAAUACAGGUAUCAAUCCUGCACUUGCAGGAAAUGUCAAUUCCAACAGCAGUGCUGGUGUGAGCAACGGCAAUGGCGGUCCAGUCACUCUAGACGAACUAGCCAAUACGAUAGCCGAUGAUCCGACCCUACAAAACUCGUAUUGCGAAGCUAUGAAAACCAGCAUACGAGAGCGGUUAGCCAAAGAUCCAGACUACGAUGCGAAACGGUAUCCAAAUUGUUCUAAAUAUUUCGAAAAAUAGUCACAGCGGGCAGGAGAAGCUUAAGUACAGAACAGGGAACAGAGAGGUGGGGAGGCUAAAUUGUCAAAAUAUCACGGCAAUAAAUAAAAGGGUGCGCAGUGAAUUGACUGCAGUAGAUUAAACCUGACGAGUGAACUAUACUGCAGGUACUGAAGCAAAUAGAAACUGUAAUAUAAAAAAUAACUAAAGAUGGAUAAUUCUCUGCUUAACUAACCAUCAUCCUCAUAAAUUUAAAUAUCUAAUUGAAAUCUGCAGGCUUCACGAAUCAUUAUUUAUGGGGAAUGCAUCGAUUGAUAAAUCAAAAUCCGCCAGUUUGUUACUGGGGCAAUUUGCAUUGUUAUCUAAUAAAUAUAGGUUUUGUGCAUAAUGCGUUAGUAUGAAAAAAAAAGAAAAAAAAUCACAGACAAAUCGUACUGGAUAAAACUUUGAACAAAAAUCAACACAGCUGUAAGCAAAAGUGAACUUUGAAAGGAUUAAACCGUUCGGCAGGCUGCAAAUAUUAAUAACGGUCAUUAUUUAAAUUAAAACCAACUUGCGUAGUCAAAUUUACUGUCAAUCUUCAUACAGAAAAAUAAAAGGGUUAGACUUUUCUUUUCUUUUUGCAAC